AUGGAUCAGUUGGAACUGGGCUUUACCACUCUGCAUUUUGAUGGCUGUGGUUUUCUGGAACGAUGUCUACCUGUUACAAAGAUGUUCUUUGAUGAGAACCAAGAAUUACACUUCUCUGUGGAUGCCAGCAGGAAACCCCAUGUGUUCUACCUUUUCUUUGCUCUGUUACCCGGAGAGCCUCUUGGGAAAGGUGCUGACACAGGCCAAAGGAGGAAUUCAGGUGUCCUGCUCUGCUGUAGUCCCUUGGAGCAGGGUCUCCCAGAGAACCGGAAGCUGGUUGGCGUUGUGAAACUGCCUUGUACCAGGUCCCGCCCCUCUCUCUACUCCCUUUCUUAUAUCAAGAGGGGAAAAGCACGGAACUACCUCUAUCCCAUCUGGUCACCAUAUGCCUAUUACCUCUACUGCUACAAAUACCGAGUCACCCUCCGGGAGAAGAUGCUGCCUUGUUGUUACAGAAGCAUCACUUACAAAGAACAGGAGGACCUGACGCUUCGGCCCCAUUACUGCCUCCAGUGCUCUGAGUCCCUAGGAGGCCUCCAGGUGGGCAGAAGCACUGACCAGGAAAAAGACCACAGCCAGCUUAAAGAACUGUAUUCAGCUGGGAACCUGACAGUGCUAUCAACUGACCCCCUGCUUCACCAAGAUCCAGUUCAGUUAGACUUCCACUUUCGCCUCACCCCCCAUUCCUCUGCUCACUGGCACGGCCUUCUGUGUGACCACCGACUCUUCCUGGAUAUCCCACACCAGGCUUUGGAUCAAGGCAACCGAGAAAGCUUGACAGCAACAUUGGCGUAUGUGGAGGAGAAGACCAAUGUGGACUCUGUGUUUGUGAACUUCCAAAAUGAUCGGAAGGACAGAGGUGCCCUGCUGCAAGCCUUUAGCUACAUGGGCUUUGAGGUGGUCAGACCAGAUCAUCCUGCCCUCCCUCCCUGGGAUAAUGUCAUCUUUAUGGUGUAUCCCCUUGAAAGGGACCUUGGCCAGCCUGGCUAG